GUUUGACCAACCGCCAAAAACUCCAACGAAGAAGAAGAAGAAGAAGAGGAAGAGGAUGGCGGCCAAAGAAGAUUUUAACUUGGGCAGAAAUGUUUGUGAAGGAGCAACUAGACCCGGCAAAACACGAUACACGGACAGGUCAGUCCCAAAGGAGCUGCAGAGGUCCUGAGAUCACACUCCAGCUGGUAUGGCUAAGAGCAAGACCGACCCCUGCAGGAGGCUGCCCUGACCUGGCCGAGUCCCAGCAGACAGAGCUGUCCCACUGGUGUGAUGGGGGGGGAAGGGAACCCCCUAAUUAAGAUGUUGCUGCUCCCACCCAACAGGCGUUCCACAAUAAAGCAGAGCUGUCAAAGUGGAGAGAACCAGCAGGACUAUAAAGCAGCCUUCAAGUGUCUCUGGACUGCUUGUUGGAGGGAACUGAGGAAACUUUUCGAGAGUCUCUCCAAGUACCUGGCCCCAUAGAAACAAUGAGUGACGUGCUGGACGAGGGUUCUUUCAUGUUCACGUCGGAGUCUGUAGGAGAGGGACAUCCAGACAAGAUUUGUGACCAGAUCAGUGAUGCCGUCCUGGACGCUCACCUGAAGCAGGACCCAGAUGCCAAAGUGGCCUGUGAGACGGUGUGCAAGACCGGCAUGGUGUUGCUCUGUGGAGAGAUCACAUCUCGGGCCAACGUGGACUACCAGAGGGUGGUGAGGGACGCCAUCAAACACAUCGGCUACGACAACUCUGACAAAGGUUUUGACUAUAAGACAUGUAAUGUGCUGGUGGCUCUGGAGCAGCAGAGUCCGGACAUUGCUCAGGGGGUCCACGUUGACAGAUUGGAGGAGGACAUUGGAGCCGGAGACCAGGGUCUGAUGUUCGGCUACGCCACGGAUGAGACAGAGGAGUGCAUGCCUCUCACCAUCGUCUUAGCCCACAGACUCAACUCAAAGAUGGCUGAGCUCAGACGCAGUGGCGCCAUCGCCUGGCUGCGUCCCGACUCUAAAACACAGGUGACGGUACAUUAUGACCAGAAGGACGGAGCUGUGAUCCCCAAGAGAGUUCACACCAUCGUGAUCUCUGUCCAGCACGAUGACUGCAUCUCUCUGGAGGAACAGAAGAGUGUCCUCAAGGAGAAGGUGAUCAAAGCCGUGGUUCCUGCUAAAUAUUUGGAUGACAAGACCAUCUACCACCUCCAGCCUAGCGGUCGCUUCGUCAUCGGAGGACCUCAGGGUGAUGCUGGUGUGACAGGCAGGAAGAUCAUUGUAGACACAUACGGAGGUUGGGGCGCUCACGGUGGCGGAGCUUUCUCCGGCAAAGACUUCUCAAAGGUGGACCGCUCUGCUGCCUACGCUGCCCGCUGGGUGGCCAAGUCUCUGGUCAAAGCCAAACUGUGCAGGAGAGUUCUGGUUCAGGUGUCUUAUGCUAUCGGAGUGGCCCGACCUCUGUCCAUCUCCUUGUUCACCUACGGUUCCUCCCAGAAAACAGAGUCAGAGCUGCUCCAGAUUGUCAACAAGAACUUUGAUCUGCGGCCAGGAGUCAUUGUCAGGGAACUGAACCUGAAGAGACCAAUCUACCAGCAGACAGCCUCUUAUGGCCACUUUGGUCGACCAGAGUUUACUUGGGAGACGCCCAAAAAGCUUGUCUACUAAAUACUCCACCUGCUUGUCCUGAUCCACUCACCUGGAAGCUGUACGAGGACAUUUUUUAAUAGGAAGAAGAAAAGCCAAAGUUAGGGAUAAGUCAGCUUUAAAGAGGUGAGAACAUAAUUAUAUGCACGAGUGGCCAACGGACAUAUAAUGGGACACUCUCCCAAUGAGAAGAGAGACAUUGCAGAGGACAUCUCAGUAACUAGUAAUCCCCCACCCCCCAUGCAAGUAUUGGUGCUUUAGAAGUAUACUAGUCAAAGAUCUUCCCUGGUAACAUAAAGGAACAUCACAGCAAAUAAAAUCCUCUGAAGAUAAAAACCUCUACCCCACUAGAAGCAGUGAUUUACCUCAAAGCUGCAAAUGUUCCUUUACGUACAGAAACCACCUCAGUGCUUCAUUUACAAAAAUUGCUAUUGACAACGACAAGUAUCUCAUCAGUGACUAUCACAUGAAUGAAAUAAGUAAUUGUUGCUCAACCAAAGGCUCAGCUUUAGAAGAAAAUGUAAUUUUUUUUGUCAUGACUGUAAAAUUCCUUUCCUAAGUCUUAUUUUGUAAUGUGUGCUACAGAAAGCUGUUUGCACUGUUACAAUCACCGUAGUACGACAAGACAGGUCAUUAAAACAUGGAGAGAGCUCUUAUCUCUGAAGCAUUUGUUACAAUAAAUCAAAUGUAAAAUAGCCAUGCAGUCUUAGUUUCCAUACUGCUCUUCUUUUCUGUCAUCCUUUCGUUUUAAUAUCAAGCUGCUUUUUUGCCGCACAGCUCACCUGGUGGCUGAUUUGUACCUUUAUGUCUUUUUUUUUUAUUUACCUGCAGGCCUGCUACUGUGACUGAGUCUGUAGAUGUGACUCAUUUUAGCAAAUAACUUGAAGUCUCUUCUCUCUUUGCUCUCUGCAGUGGAUUACCCAGCUGCACACCAAUGAGACUAAAGCAUUUAGUGCACCGCUGAUGUCUUAAAAUUGCUGCAUUUUUACAAUGUUAUGAGCCUAUGCUAAUCCAAGUCAAUAUCUGACAGCACACCUUGGUGCAGAUCUCCUUCUAUAUCUUUGACAAAUUUACUUAAUUUCUAACUCAAUUGCAGACUGAGAUCCUUCCCUUUGGAUUUAGAAGGGAACAGGGAGUGUUUAUUAAAAUAUAUUUCUAAACAGGGCAUUUAGAAAAUUGAAUUUUAUGUCUGCUUAUGCCAGUGCUUUAACUCAAAGUAAUAUAAUUCUUUACUUCUGAUAGGAUUUAGGAAGUGUGAAAACUACUCACCUUAAAACUUCAUGUCUGUAGAGGUCCAAUAUUUUGUGGUGCGUGUAACAACCCGUGCGUUCAGCUACAGCCGACAUUAUUUUGUAAGAGAGGUUUUCUCUAUUUAAUGUGUUGAUCUGUGUCAUCUUCUGUCAACUCUGUUGGAAAAGAAACUGGACAAUGUAAAUAAUUAAACAAUAAAGAAUAUUGAAGAUAUAAA